GAGCACAUGUGCCUGCUUGUCACUGAGGGGUUGGGAGGAGGACUGAGGGAGACGCGGUGGCCACAGCCGCCAUAUGCUGAGUGGAUUCCUGCUGCAGGUUCGCGUUGCUGGCCGGCCGGGGGAUCGAACGCACCAUGGGAAGCUCCCAUCUCCUCAACAAAGGCAUGCCUCUAGGCAUCAGGCCACCAAUCAUGAAUGGACCCAUGCACCCGCGCCCCCUGGUAGCCUUGCUGGAUGGACGCGACUGCACUGUGGAGAUGCCCAUCCUGAAAGAUGUAGCUACUGUGGCCUUCUGUGACGCUCAGUCUACACAGGAGAUCCAUGAGAAGGUACUGAAUGAAGCCGUAGGAGCGUUGAUGUAUCACACUAUCACUCUGAUGAGAGAAGACCUUGAGAAAUUCAAAGCUCUGCGCAUCAUCGUCCGCAUCGGCAGCGGCUACGACAACAUUGACAUUAAGUCUGCUGGGGAACUGGGAAUUGCUGUAUGUAAUAUGCCAGCAGCCUCAGUCGAGGAGACGGCUGACUCCACGCUGUGCCACAUCCUCACCUUGUACCGACGUACCACCUGGCUGCACCAGGCUCUCCGGGAGGGCACGCGGGUCCAAAGUGUGGAGCAGAUCCGAGAGGUGGCGUCAGGUGCCGCGAGGAUCAGAGGCGAAACACUCGGGCUUAUCGGGCUCGGCCGGGUGGGCCAAGCUGUGGCUCUGCGAGCCAAAGCUUUUGGCUUCAAUGUGAUUUUUUAUGACCCUUAUUUGGCGGACGGUGUAGAAAGAUCCCUGGGACUACAGAGGGUCACCACACUCCAGGAUCUACUUUUCCACUCCGACUGUGUGUCGCUGCACUGCAGCCUGAACGAACACAACCAUCACCUGAUCAACGACUUCACCAUCAAACAGAUGCGUCAGGGGGCUUUCCUUGUGAACACGGCCAGGGGGGGUCUGGUGGAUGAGAAAGCUCUGGCUCAGGCCCUGAAAGAGGGCCGGAUACGUGGUGCUGCUCUCGACGUUCAUGAAACAGAACCCUUCAGUUUCAACCAGGGCCCCCUGAAGGAUGCUCCUAAUCUAAUCUGCACCCCACACGCUGCCUGGUACAGUGAACAGGCCUCACUGGAGAUGAGAGAGGAGGCCGCCAGGGAGAUUCGACGAGCCGUCACAGGUCGGAUCCCGGAUAGUCUGAAAAACUGUGUGAAUAAAGAGUUCCUCACUCAGACCAACCACUGGGUGGGAGUCGACUCAGCUGCUGUCCACCCUGAACUAAACGGGGCUUAUAGGUACCCCCCAGGAGUGGUGAGCUUGCCAGCUGGGGGCCUCCCGCCACCUGUUGAAGGCAUUGUGCCCAGUGCCGUGCCCAUCACACACACCCUCCCACAGGCUGUCACGCAUCCUCCCCAUGCCCCGUCUCCAGGACAAAACACAGUCAAACCACCAGAGGGCGACAGAGAGCAGCAUCCAAAUGACCAACUGUAACCCCCCCCACACACACACACACACUCCCUAUGUUGUCAGGUAAUCUGGAGACGGUUGCCAUGGCAGCGGGUGUCAUUGCAAAAUGCUCCCUAGCUGAAAUGUUAUCUGAUCAACAGGUUGAGGGCCCAAAUAACAACUCUGAGUUCAGUGGUGAUUGGUUCCCAGCAGCCAGUUCAUUGUGUGAGGAGGAAGCAGAGGAGUGGAUAUCUACUGGAUGCUCUCACUGAAGAGCGAGACAUUUGUCCUCUGCUCCAAAGAGAAGUCCUGAGAAAGACUGACGCUAGAGAUCAAAGUCUGCCAAUUAAUUUUCACGUAGCAACUAUAGUUGACAUUUCUCUCCCAGAAUAAAAACAAAUACAAUUUCCUGUAGAUUUGUAAAGAAAGAAAAAACCCAUAAUGGAUCAAAUUUAGACUUUAGGUUGUCCAACGUUAGAAGGCAGGUUUCAUGUCUCUCUUUUUCUGUGUCCUUUCUUUAGUUUGAUGUAAAAGCAACAGUUGUAGGUUAUGAAAUGAAUGUAACCCGUCUGUGUACAGUUUUUAGACUGACAAGAA